ACAUCACCAGCCAUGGAGGUCAGCAUGGACUCAGCUGACAACAUGGCAGCGGCCGCCUCUGCUGCCCAAGACGAACUGAAUCAGCUUGAACGUGUCUUCUUACGACUUGGUCAUGCUGAAACGGAUGAGCAGUUGCAGAAUAUUAUAUCCAAGUUUCUACCCCCUGUACUUCUGAAACUUUCCAGCACACAAGAAGGAGUACGUAAGAAGGUGAUGGAACUGCUAGUUCAUCUAAACAAACGCAUCAAAAGUCGUCCCAAAAUCCAGCUUCCUGUGGAGACCUUGCUAGUCCAGUAUCAAGAUCCUUCUGCAGUGUCCUUUGUUACAAAUUUUACGAUAAUAUAUGUUAAGAUGGGCUAUCCUCGUUUGCCUGUGGAAAAACAAUGUGAACUGGCUCCCACUCUUCUUACUGCGAUGGAAGGAAAACCUCAGCCCCAACAAGACAGCCUAAUGCACCUUCUAAUACCAACCCUUUUUCACAUGAAAUAUCCUGUUGAACCUCUGAAAGCAGCUUCUCCAUUUAAUCUUGCUGAAAAACCAAAGACUGUACAGCUGCUAUUGGAUUUUAUGUUGGAUGUCCUCCUUAUGCCUUAUGGAUAUGUAUUGAAUGAAUCCCAGAGUCGCCAAAAUGCACCAUCUGGACAGAGCAGUUCUUCUUCAAGUAGUUCUGGAGGGUCUGGGAUCCCUCAGCCUCCUCCGGGGAUGAGCUUCUAUGCAGCCAAGCGGGUAAUUGGAGACAGCCCAUGGACACCUGAACAGCUGGAACAGUGUAAACUGGGCAUUGUGAAGUUCAUUGAAGCAGAGCAGGUGCCUGAACUUGAAGCUGUCAUACACCUGGUCAUUGCGUCUAGUGACACACGACACAGUGUAGCAACUGCAGCAGAUCUUGAACUCAAAAGCAAGCAAAGUUUAAUCGACUGGAAUAAUCCAACCAUCAUCAACAAGCUGUACAAAGUGUACCUCGGAGACAUACCACUAAAAACCAAGGAGGGAGCUGUUUUGAAACCAGAACUGAAACGUGAUCCAGUUAGCACACGGGUUAAGUUAAAGAUUGUCCCUCAUCUUCUGCGUUCCAGACAAGCUGCAGAAACGUUUCCUGCAAAUAUUCAGGUUGUUUAUGAUGGACUUUUUGGUGCAAACACCAAUGCAAAACUGAGAACUCUGUCUCUUCAGUUUGUACAUCAUAUUUGUGUAAUUUGCCCAGACAGUAAGAUAAAGCCACUAGGCCCAAUGCUUCUGAAUGGGCUGACAAAACUUAUUAAUGAAUAUAAAGAGGACCCCAAACUGCUAUCAAUGGCCUAUUCAGCUGUUGGAAAACUCUCUAGCCGAAUACCUCAGCUGUUCACAAAAGACCUUGCUCUAGUCCAGCAGUUUUUCGAAGCACUCUCUAAGGAAGAGCCUGAUACCAGACUGGCCAUUCAGGAAGCCUUGUCCAUGAUGGUUGGGGCUUACACCAGUUUGGAAGGAGCACCGCGUACUCUCAUGGAGGCACUUGUGGCCUCAAACCUAAUGAAGCCUCAAGUCCAAGUGCGUCAGGUGGCUGUAAAAUUUGCCAGCACAGUGUUCCCUCCUGAUCACAUCCCUUCAAGAUACUUGCUUCUUUUAGCAGCAGGAGAUCCACGUGAGGAGGUGCAUGGAGAGGCCCAGCGUGCACUGAGAACACUUCCCGGUAAAAACGAAAAGGAGAGUGCUGGUAAACAGAUGCCUUCCUUCCCAGAAAUGGUCCAGUAUAUUCAAGAGAAGGCCUCUCACAGAAUGAAAACUCCAGCUAAAUAUAUGACAGGGACUACAGUCAUGCCUUUCAACCCAGCUACUUUUGGAGAGAUAGUCCUUUACCUCCGGAUGUGUCUCGCUCACAGUGCCGGCAUUGUGCCCACCUCUCAGAGCUUAGCUGAUAUGCAGGAUCAUGCUCCAGCCAUCGGCCGCUAUAUAAGAAAUCUCCUGUCUGGACAUUUUAUAACAUCCUCUUCCUCGUCUUCAAAAGGUGGCGAAAACAACCCUGUACAGAUCUACAUAAGUCUCCUUCAGCAGCUGCUGUCUGGUGUUGGAGGUUUGCCUGUAAUGUACUGUCUCCUGGAAGUUGUCUCAGUCUACCCUGAGAAACUGGCAGCAAGAUUUGUAGACAAAAUGGAUUGGAUAAAGAGUCUUAUGAAUACAAACAAGGAAGAAAUGCGGGAACUGGCUGCUCUGUUUUAUUCAGUCGUUUUGACGACUGUGUCGGAGAAUGAAUUUAAGACAUCAGUUCAACAGCUGAUGAAAACGGCUAAGGACAAUCAUAAUCUAGAAAUGCAACAUGGAUCCUUGUUGGCUCUGGGAUUCACAGUGGGACGGUAUUUGUCUAAGAGGAAAGCCAGGAUGGUAGAAAUGCAUGACCUUGAGCAGCCAGACACUAUUGUUGUUCCAGAGCAAGAUCAGCUGAUCAAGUCAACAACAGUGACUAUAGGUUCUUUUUUAGAUAGUACUUCACCACUUUUGGCAAUAGCUGCUUGUACAGCACUGGGGGAAAUUGGCAGGAAUGCCCCUCUGCCCAUCCCUAAUGAAGGUACCGGAUUCACAAAACUCCAUCUUGUAGAAAGCUUACUAGCCAGGAUUCCUUCUGGCAAAGAAACUAAUAAGAUGAAAGAACGAGCUAUACAGACACUUGGCUACUUUCCAGUGGGAGAUGGAGACUUUCCUCACCAGAAGCUACUUCUGCAAGGACUAAUGGAUUCUGUAGAGGCCAAGCAAAUUGAACUCCAGUUCACUGUUGGUGAAGCUAUAACCAGUGCUGCAAUAGGAACCAGCUCCGUAGCUGCCCGUGAUGCAUGGAUGGUAUCUGAAGAAGAGUAUACUCCUCCAGCUGAUGUGAAAGUUAAUGAUGUGGUUCCUUGGGUCGUGGAUCUCAUUUUGAAUAAACAUAUUGUCAGCCCCAACCCUCACAUAAGACAAGCUGCCUGCAUCUGGCUUUUGUCGCUGGUGAAGAAGUUGAGCACACACAAAGAAAUUAAGUCUCAUCUCAAGGAAAUUCAAAGUGCAUUUGUGUCUGUUCUGUCUGAUAGUGAUGAACUUAGCCAAGAUGUUGCUUCGAAGGGGCUUGGUUUGAUAUAUGAACUUGGGAGUGAAGAUGAUCAACAGGAACUGGUCACCACACUUGUUGAUACUCUAAUGACUGGCAAAAGAGUCAAGCAUGAAGUGACCGGGGAAACUGUGGUGUUCCAGGGAUCUGGUCUUGGUAAAACUCCAGAUGGCCAGGGUCUCUCUACUUACCAGGAGCUAUGUUCGCUUGCUAGUGACCUCAAUCAACCAGACUUGGUGUACAAAUUCAUGAAUUUGGCCAAUCAUCAUGCAAUGUGGAACUCUCGGAAGGGAGCAGCUUUUGGUUUUAAUGUGAUAGCCACCAAAGCUGGGGAACAACUGGCUCCUUUUCUCCCUCAGUUGCUUCCUCGUCUCUAUCGCUACCAGUUCGACCCCAAUAUUGGGAUUCGGCAAGCUAUGACCAGCAUUUGGAAUGCUCUAGUAACAGACAAAUCUGCAGUAGACAAAUAUAUGAAAGAAAUCCUUGAUGAUUUAAUGAGUAACCUGACCAGCAACAUGUGGCGGAUUCGAGAGUCCAGCUGUUUAGCACUGAAUGACUUGCUAAGAGGAAGACCCUUGGAUGACAUUAUUGAUAAGCUUCCAGAAAUCUGGGAGACUCUCUUUAGAGUGCAAGAUGACAUUAAGGAAUCUGUUCGAAAAGCAGCUGAAUUAGCCCUGAAAACUUUAAGUAAGGUAUGUGUGAAGAUGUGUGACCCUUCGAAAGGAGCUGCAGGCCAGAGGACGAUAGCUGUUCUGUUGCCGUGCCUUCUUGAUAAAGGAAUGAUGAGUACAGUAACUGAAGUACGAACCCUUAGCGUUAAUACCCUGGUGAAGAUCAGUAAAAGCGCCGGGGCGAUGCUUAAGCCACACGCUCCCAAACUCAUCCCAGCUUUGUUGGAAUCGUUGAGUGUGCUGGAGCCCCAAGUGUUUAACUACUUGAGCCUUCGUGCUACAGAUCAAGAGAAGGCUGCAAUGGAUUAUGCAAGACUCAGUGCUGCUAAAUCCUCUCUCAUGAUGGAAACAAUCAAUAUGUGCUUGCAGUAUUUAGAUGUAUCAGUCCUGGGGGAGCUGGUUCCUAGGCUGUGUGAACUGACCAGGAGCGGAGUAGGCAUCGCAACUAAGGGUGGUUGUGCUAGCGUAAUUGUAUCAUUGACCACUCAGUGUCCUCAAGACUUGACACCAUAUUCAGGUAAACUCAUGAGUGCUUUGCUCAGCGGGCUCACUGAUCGCAACAAUGUGGUGCAAAAAGCAUUUGCAUUUGCCAUGGGACACCUAGUUCGAACUUCACGGGACAGCAGCACGGACAAAUUACUGCAGAAGCUGAACAACUGGUACAUGGAGAAAGAGGAACCAGUCUAUAAAACGGCCUGUGCAUUAACUGUGCAUGCUAUUGGGCGCUACAGCCCAGAUGUGCUGAAGAAUCAAGCCAAACUGGUCUUGCCUCUGGCUUUCCUGGGCAUGCAUGAGGUACCAGAGGAAGAAAAGGGUGAGAAAGAAGAUGGCAACCGGUGGACUGAAGUAUGGCAAGAAAAUGUGCCUGGUACCUAUGGUGGCAUAAGACUGUAUAUGGAGGAGCUGAUAACCAUCACCCAGAAAGCUUUGCAAUCCCAAUCCUGGAAGAUGAAAGCUCAAGGUGCAUCCGCAAUGGCAUCUAUAGCAAAGCAGUCUGGCUCCUUGGUACCUCCACACCUAGGCCUGGUGCUCAGCGCUCUCUUGCAAGGCUUGUCUGGAAGAACAUGGACAGGAAAGGAGGAGUUACUGAAAGCUAUUGCCAGUGUCGUCUGUGCGUGCAGUGCUGAACUACACAAGGCUGUUCCUGACCAGCCCAGCAUCAGUGAUGUCCUUCAGGCUAUGCUUAAGGAGUGCCGCAAAGAGAACCUUGGGUACAAGAUCGUGGCUCUCCGGUGCACAGCUGAUGUGCUGAAAACCACACAGGAAAAUCGGUUCCAGGAGCUGGCAGACAUCAUCUUUCCAAUAAUAAAAAAGAAUUCUCCUGAGACGAUGGGACUGAGUCCACUGCAGAAUGAUGACGAGGACGAGAAUGAAAAUGAGAAGGAACUCCAGAUGGACUCUCUUCUCUGUGCCUUUGAGAGCUUGGGCAAAGCGUGGCCUAGAAACCCAGAAACACAACGCUGCUACCGACAAGAGCUGUGUAACCUCAUGUGUGAGCGGCUGAAGCUCAGCACCUGGAAAGUACAGCUGGGCGUGCUCCAAGCAAUGAAGGCUUAUUUUCAAGGGCUAAUGCUGCUUGAAGCAGAACACGCGGACCCUGAGGCGUUGACAGGAAUCCUGUUGGAAACUUGCUCUUCUAUCACUUACUCUCUAGAGAAUAAAAGCUACACCUCCAUAAGAACAGAAGCCUUGUCGGUGAUAGAAGUUCUGCUCACAAAACUUGAAGAGUCCAAACAGUGGGAAAGCCUGAAUGCGGAUUGCAGAGAACUUCUCAUAGGCUCCCUGACUGCGCUGACACUGGACAGCAGGCCUGAACUGCAAGAGAAAGCAUCUUUGUUAAAGAAAACCCUUGAAAAACUUGAUUGAUUCCCCCCCUCCCCCCAAAAAGAAAAAAAACAAAACACAACCAAGUGCCAUGUGAAACAAAGCAAGCAAAAACCGAAAGCACGCAGUGUGCUCUGAAUACAAAGGAAAAGUGAAGAUGGCUUUGUAGCAUGCAUCAUUCCUUGGCUAAAAUAAAGAAUGCCUUGAAAUUUUGUUCCCCAAUAAUUUUCUUUUCUUUUUCCUUUUUCAAAACAAUUUCAAGCCGUUUGGGUAGUAAAGGAAGCCAUGAAAGUAUUAAAACAAGCUGUAUAAUGGAUAAUUUGAGACAUUGUUCUGAUCUGUGUGGGUAAGGAGGGGAAGAAGCGCCAUGUUUGCAAAUUAGACCAGGCAAAAUCUUUUAGCAUAUGUAAGGUUGAGGAGCCCAAUAACCUCUGGAGACAAAGAUGAUGAAGGGAGCAUUGGCCAGCAGAGUCCUUAUUCAAGCCUUGCUUUGUCUGUUCUAUAUGGCAUGGUGAUCUCUUGGUGUUGUGCUGGUAGCAUCCCAUUAGGAGGACGAAGACAAAUCAUGGUAUGACAAGAGCUCCUUUUCCUUGCUGGCGUGGUCUGAUCUCAGCUUCAGGCAUCCCUCCUCUCCGAGUGCUGGUUGGUCUGGGCUGCCUACUGUCACUUCUUCUGGGCAAGUUCAUGCCUUUCUGUAUUUUUAAAAUGGGUGGAUCUUCCCACCAGGUAAGAAUGCACACUGGAAAAGCACUUUAGCUAGCUGCUUCGAAGCAAGAGUGUCUUGGGAACUGGAUGAAAAAGAAAGCUGAAGCUCUGCUCUUCCCCACAAUUGUUUGUGUGACACUCAGAAGCAAAAGCCUUGUCUAAAAUACGUCCUUUUGAGAGUGUUACACAUUUUCCCUAAAACUGAUUUGACACUAGAUUUUGCUCCCUUUAGGUUUGUAAACCCUUUCUUGUUUUGGAAAGCUGUCACAUAAACCACAUAUUCUUAUCAGACAGAGGUGUUUUCUGGUUUCUAGGAAAUACUGAAGAGCUGAUUUUUAAACCUCCGUUGACCCAUGGUAAAAAUGUGAUUGUACUUAACAGCCAUGUUAUGUUGUUCCCUUAUCUGGGAAACAUAAGAUGUGAUACUUGCUCCAGUUUUAAUAGAUUUCAUAGAUGGUGAAGUUAAAAUGUUUAAUCUGUACAACUUCACAGCCAUCACUUUCUGCAAAGUUUGUUCUCUGAUGGAACUUUGGUGUGGGAAUCAGUGUGUUCUAACCACACUUAGAUGGGUGUGUAUGUAUGUGUGAUGUCGUUACUUGUAAGUUGCUGGCUGUAGAAUCAGAUCUAGGUGAAGACAGUACGUUAAUUCCCACAUGGAGGUGUCUUCUGUAUAUGAAUGUUGCAACACCCCAGAUGAUCCUCAGAGCAGGCAAUAUCCUUUUGGCUUGUUCCGACCAUUAGGUACAGGAGUCCAGCCCAGCUGGAAUUGUACAGAUGCACCAUUUACAAGAGCAAUUGCCUUCAGCUGGAGGUGAUGUGGGAGAAAGAUGCCUUUUAGAACUGGCUUAUUCAGUAUACUGCUUCCUGUAAGGGAACUUAACAGUAAGCAGAAUUGGAAGACUACUUCACGUUAUGACUGGCCAGAAAUUCUAGCAGUUUCGUGGGGCCCUAUAAUUGUAUAUAUGCCUUGUGUGAAAACGGGGAGGGAGUCCCUCCCUGCAUCCUUCCAUCUAAAAAGGGGUGGGAGGUACAGGGGCAUAAUGUAUACACAUACCGAGGGGUGUUACAUGCAGUACUUCAAAUUGCAAGUGUUGAUGGAGAAGGUGCAUAGUCCCAACACUGAAUUUGCAAAACUGGUACCAAGAACUGGCUUUCUCAUCUGAGAAACUGUGAAUGUGCGUAUGUAUGUAUAUAUGUGUGCGCGUGUGGUCAGACUGUUGAAAAGCCUGCCCUAACUAGCACCCAUCAUGCUGGGAUUCUGAGAUGUUGUAAGCGUCUCUAAAGGAUUUUAAUGUAUUACAGAAAGCUGCUUGUUUACAUGUAGUUUGAAUUUGCCAAGCACCUCUGUAAAACUGAAUGUUUGUAGGCAGAUCUCUGCAUAACUUUUACCAAAUACACCAUUUUGUCCUGCAAAAGCUUUUUUUCUAAAAAAAUAAAAUAAAAUUAGGCAGCAGUUUCAAAUUGAUGCUUUUUAAUUUUUCUGCAACAGUUAUGGAGUGUUUUAUAGAACCCACAACAGCUGUGUAUUAAACAUGCAAAGUCUCUGCUAUGACUUUCCAGCAGGGGCUUCAGAAUUCUGAGAGGGGAUUUAAAGCUUAUGUUUGGAGCAGCUGCUGUAGAAGUUUCCAAAUGGGAUUUUUUUUAAAAAAAAUUAACUGCACUGAAAAGAAUUCCAGGUUCAGAACAACAGUAACAGCCACCUGGAACAUGCAAGCUUGACAAAUAUCUUCUCUGGAUAACUUUUUUUUCCUUCUAAAAUUUGAAUUUCUGAAACAUGUGCCUCUAUGAGAGAAUCCUACCUGCAAAAUGUUGACUUAGAGGUCAAAUAUCUGUCCCUCUUGAAUUUGUUGACUUGAUAGAAAUAAAGUGGCCUUUGGAGAGUUAUGUUUUCCUCUGAAAACAAUUGCACUACAAAACACUGUUGCCCACGAUGGGCCCUUGUGCUGCUGUUUAAUGCUGCUUUGUAUACCUGGAUUGAAAUGUGUAAAUUUGACACUAUAAGUACCCAGCAGAAUUUACAAAUCGUUUUAUGUUGAAAGAUUUCUAAUGUUGCAAAAACAAAGGUCUCCAUUAAAUUCACUACAUUGAAUUUCUGUAUCUGGCUGUCAAGUUAUGUACAAUGGAUUGAAACUUUCCCAUUUAAAGGGUUGACGAAAUAAAGGCGCAUGACCUCUU